CUGUUACCCAGAAGGCCUCGCCCGGCCGCCGCCGAAGCUGCAAUUCUUCGGUUAGUAGUUCUCGCCGGCAGCUAGAGGAACCUGACAGUGUGGCCCACGAGCCCACUGCGAGGCAAGAGGAUCCCCGGUCAACUGCCACCUGGGCCACUGCAACAGGAACCUACAGAUUCGUCGCUACCCGGAGGUUUCCACCAUGCCUCACAUUGACAACGAUGUGAAACUGGACUUCAAGGAUGUCUUGCUGAGACCCAAACGCAGCACCCUUAAGUCUCGAAGUGAGGUGGAUCUCACAAGAUCCUUUUCAUUUCGGAACUCAAAGCAAGUGUACACAGGGAUCCCCAUCAUUGCUGCCAAUAUGGAUACUGUGGGCACCUUUGAAAUGGCCAAGGUUCUCUGUAAGUUCUCCCUCUUCACUGCCAUCCAUAAGCACUACAGCCUCAAGCAGUGGAAAGAGUUUGCUGUUCAGAAUUCUGACUGUCUUGAGCAUCUGGCAGCCAGCUCAGGCAUGAGUUCUUCUGACUUUGAGCAGCUGGAAGAGAUCCUGGAAGCUAUUCCCCAGGUGAAAUAUAUAUGCCUGGAUGUGGCAAACGGCUACUCUGAACAGUUUGUUGAAUGUGUAAAGGAGGUGCGGAAGCGUUUCCCCCAACACACCAUCAUGGCAGGGAACGUGGUAACAGGUGAGAUGGUGGAAGAACUGAUCCUCUCCGGGGCUGACAUCAUCAAAGUGGGAAUUGGGCCAGGCUCUGUGUGUACCACUCGGAAGAAAACUGGAGUGGGGUAUCCACAGCUCAGUGCAGUAAUGGAGUGUGCAGAUGCUGCUCAUGGUCUCAAAGGCCACAUCAUUUCAGAUGGAGGCUGCAGCUGUCCUGGGGAUGUGGCCAAGGCUUUCGGAGCAGGGGCUGACUUUGUGAUGCUGGGUGGCAUGCUGGCUGGGCACAGCGAGUCAGGUGGUGAGCUUAUCGAGAGGGAUGGCAAGAAGUACAAGCUCUUCUAUGGAAUGAGUUCUGAAAUGGCCAUGAAGAAGUAUGCUGGGGGCGUGGCUGAGUACAGGGCCUCAGAGGGCAAGACAGUAGAGGUCCCCUUUAAAGGAGAUGUGGAACACACCAUCCGAGACAUCCUUGGAGGGAUCCGCUCCACAUGUACCUACGUUGGAGCAGCUAAGCUAAAGGAGUUGAGCCGGAGAACUACCUUCAUCCGUGUCACCCAGCAAGUGAACCCAAUCUUCAAUGAUAACAAAUAGACCUGAGCAGUUCUGCCCUCCCAAGGCAUUAACACCCCACUACAGAGCCCUCAAGAGGAUCCCUCGCCCAUUCCAGCUACUGCAGCUGUUUACUUUUUAGUUCCUAUCAUCUCACUCCUGAGGACUCCUGCAGUAACUCUGUAUUUCUCUUUCUACACACAUAAAAUGCCCACAGCACUCACUAGGGAGGAAGCAAAGAUGAUGGACUGAGAAAUGAAGUAAAACAAUCAAAUGGGAAUUGGGACCCAGCAUCCUGAAGAUUAGUAAAAGGAGAAGGCACUGAAUCAUACCUAAAUGUCUCAUAUGGCCUUGAUCUGGAAGAAUCAUGUUUUGUUAAUCAGCUCCAUUAAAUGAGACCUUUGAAUCUUAAAA